AUGGACGGAGUAUUAUUCGACGAACUUCUCGCUUUGUUAACUCCUCAAAUCGUGAAAAUCAACACUACCAUGUGCGAUGGUAUUCCUGCAAGCCACCGGUUGUCCAUAAACCUACGAUAUCUGGCAACCGGGAACGUCUUCGAAGAUCUGAAGUUUUUAACUGCUGUUUCACCUCAGUCGUAUUGUUAUGGAAACAUGCACUGCUUUGAUCAACUGCCUCAAGAUAUAGAUAAAGGUAAGUAG